AUGUUGGUCAUGGAAGGGACAGUAAUCGGAACAGCUAUUGAGUCAAAACCAGGCAAUAAGCAAAAGGACUCUUUAACAGAGGUGCCUAGAGCUACUGAGACUUUAGUGGCACGUGAUUGUGAAGUAGAAAAAUUAAUUGGACUUGAAGAUGACACAGAGUUAACACCUUAUGAAGGAAUGGAAUUUGAGUCUGAAGAUGCUGCAAGGGAUUUCUACAGCACAUAUGCAAGAAGUGCAGGUUUUCGAAUUCGGAUAAGCAGGUAUACUCGCUCUAGACGUGAUAAUUCAGUUAUUUCUCGUCGAAUUGUGUGUUCAAAAGAGGGAUUUCAUGAAACCCGUGCUUGUGAUGGCCUCCAUUCUGAACAAAAACAGCAAGAACGGGCAGGUACUAGAGUUGGUUGCAAGGCAAUGGUAUUAAUUAAAAAGUUUGAUCCUGGCAAAUGGAUGGUUACCAAAUUCGUAAAGAACCACAAUCAUGGACCAGUUCCACCAAGAAGACUUGAUUCUAGGCCAGCUGAUCAGGACUGCGAUCAAAUCGAGAAGCCACAUUCUAUUGAGGCGGACCCUGUUGAGGAGCCAUUUGAGGGUAUGGAAUUUGAAUCGGAAGAAGCUGCAAAAUUUUUCUAUGUAAACUAUGCAAGACUAAAUGGUUUUCGUGCACGUAUUAGUAGAUACUGCCGUUCAAGGCGUGAUAAUUCAAUUAUUUCUCGCCAGAUUGUGUGUUCCAAGGAAGGCUUCCGUGAAGUUCGGACCAAGAAAGUGAUGACAGAUGAAGGGAAAACAAAGCGUCCGAGAAUGAUAACUAGAGUCGGUUGCAAAGCUAUGAUUGUAGUGAAAAAGAUGAACUCUGGAAAAUGGAUGGUUUCUAAAUUUGAGAAGGAGCAUAACCAUUCACUAUCACAUUCUAAAAUGGUCCCCAGUACCUCAAACAUUACUUCUAGAGAAGUUGCUGAUUUUGCUGCAAAGAGUGCAGAUCCUAAUGAAGUAAAAAAUGAAGGAUUUGGUGCAGGAACACAAUGUAAUCCUGCAGAUUCCCUCACUGUCCUUUAUAACAAUUUAUGUCAGGAGGCCAUAAAAUUUGCAAAAGAUGGUUCAGUCACAGAAGAAAUUUACCAUGUGGCAGUUUCUGCCUUGAAAGAGGCUGCAGAAAAGGUUGCUGAAGUCAAAAGGAGUCGUCCAACAUUGCCACAUUGUGGUUUUAUUAGUGAAAGCAAACAUGAUGUCUUACAGGUGAAAACAGCGAGUGCUUUGCAAUGUUCAAAUCAGGUUGAACUGACAAUAACAUCUCCUGGGUCCAGGCCUGUUCAAGAUCCUGCCUCCAAUCUUCUGCUGAUACCAACCAACAUUUUGACUGAUUCAGGAUUAUAUAAUGGUGUUGACACUGUCGUUCCUCUAUCAAGAGAUUUUCCCAAAAAUGGGAGACAAGGUACACAUACAUCAGAAAGUUCUGUUAUGCAUUUUGAGACCACAAAGAAGACCUCUUCACAAAAAUCUCAGAACACUUGUUCUAAUAAACUCAUCCAUGGAAAGGAGCAAGUUAUCCAUGGAACUUCCGAAGAUUCCAUGGUUGCUAUUCCUGCGAUACCUCUUGCACUGUGCAUGCCUGUGACGCAGAACUUACCUGGAUCUUCUGCAGAGGGGCCAUACAGAUUGUUGGCUGCACCUAUUCAAGCAGUUCCAAUUUCAUACUGUCCUGCAGAGCCCAUUAGACAACCACAAAAGGGUAUUUGUGCUUUAGGUCCAUUUGGAGGUGUCCUGUCUGAACCGAACAACCAAGGAACAAAUCCCAAAUCUCUGGUUCAUGCUACAGCUCUUGCCUGUGGUGCUCGUGUUGUUCCUCUUGAGGAGGCAGCUUCGCUUAUUAAUGCCAUUGAAUCCAAGAUCAGAUCUGGAGGGGCCAAAAUAGCAAAACUGCCUUCAAGCAACCUGACAUCUCCAGUUCCUCCGUCUAUCGCUAUGUCAUCUUCUAGUGAAGAUGAGGAGGAGCAUGACCACAGUGAGCCCUUGAUGGUGGACGUGGAUCGCAAUUUUAAUCAGCAGAGCUCGGACGAAAUGAAGCUCCAAAGCGAGCCAUCAGAGUCGGAAACUGAAGCUGACAACUGA